AUGCCGGCCCCCUACAGUACUCAUACCACCACGGACGAACUUGUGACUGAUUACGCCCCCCUUAUCAAAGGUAAGGUCAUUCUGACCACGGGCGUUUCCUCAGGCUCCCUUGGUGGCUUCUUCGUCCAAUCCAUUGCCAAGGCUAAGCCUGAGUGGCUUAUCCUGGCCGCUCGCAAUGCCGAUAAACUGGCCCAGAUGGCAGCCGAGAUCACUAAGGCCCAGCCUGAGGUGAAGGUCCGUACACUGCAACUUGACUUGGACUCCUUGAAAAGCGUGCGGGAUGCAGCCGCACAGGUCAACUCCUGGGAUGAUAUCCCUGUUAUUGAUGUCCUUGUCAACAACGCGGGAAUUAUGGCAGUGGAUUACAAGCUCUCCCCUGACGGAUUCGAGUCCCAUCUGGCAACGAACCAUCUGGGGCCGUUCUUGUUCACCAAUCUGAUCAUCAAGAAGAUUGUGGCCGCAAAGGAACCAAGAAUCGUUGUUGUCAGUAGCGAUGGCCAUCGGUUGAACCCGUUCCGGUUCGAUGACUAUAAUUUUGAUGUAGGUCGUUCCAUGACUGCUAGAUAUCCACCACGAACGUCUGGAACACUAACAAAGACGACACAGGAUGGGAAGACGUACAACCGGUGGUACGCCUAUGGUCAGAGCAAGACCGCUAAUAUGCUGUUGGCUAUUUCUCUGGCUCAGAAACUCGGAAUAAAAUAUAAUCUCCAGGCAUUCAGCCUCCACCCAGGAGUCAUCUGGACCAAUCUGGGCAAUCAUUUGGAUUGGAAUGUUGAGUUUGGGGAACUACGCAACGCGGACAAGUCUCUGGGUAAUCGGGAAGGAUGGAAGGAUUUUGAUGCCAAGCCACUGGAGAGAGGUGCCGCCACCCAUAUCUACGCAGCAUUUGACCCAAGUCUCAAGGCCAACAACGGGGCCUACCUGCUCGACUGCCAUGUGGCCGAUCCUCUGGUAGACACGGUCAAACCAUGGGCCACCAGUAGUUUUGAAGCCGAAAGACUAUGGAGACUGAGUGAGAAGCUGGUUGGGCAGGAGUUUUCCUACUAG